CUGGCCCCGCCCCUCCGGUCCCUGCUCCUUUAAUUUUGCUCUCGGUCUUCCCACCUGCCCGCUAGUCGUCCUUCUGCCUCCGACCUAGUGGGCGCGGACACCCGCCUUGUGUCUCCCGAAGCGCCCUUCGGAAUCCCGCAGGUAGCGGGGCAAUUAAUGGGUGCUUGGAAGUUGGCGUGCAUAUUCAGAAAUGUUUUGCCACCUGAGGCCUUUAAGGAGGUUCUGCCUGAAGAAGACCCUCCCACCGUGGCUGCACUGCUCUCGAGCUUUAUCAGGAGCAGAAGCCGUCAAUGCCUUGAGGCCUUUCUACUUUGCAGUUCAUCCAGAUUUCUUUGGCCAGUACCCCAGGGAAAGGGAAGUCAAUGAAAAUUCUCUGAAGAGAUUAAGUGUCUACUUAGAAAAUCUCCAGAAACCAGGCUUGAAGUCUCUGAAACCAACUCAGCUUACAUUUUAUAUAAGGGAAAAAACAGCCCAGAACUGCCCUGAAGGCCAGGAGUCUGUUAGUGCUUCCGGAUUUCGAGCAGUCAGAUUUACUUUGCGCACCAGCGAUCUGCUAAGCACAGUAUUGUAUAUUCUCAACUCCUGCAGUUUGUCUGUUGAGCAUGUCCAAAGCUUGAACACGAGUGUGCAUUCCCAGCCUCCCAGGGAAGCCACAGGGGAGCCUGACAGACCCAUCAAAUGGCACAGGUCCUACUACUCCUUUACGGGGUUCAAGGGCCCUGACGAAGACCUUGAACAUGUCCCAAAAGUGGGGACAACCUUAACGUCCUGGUUAGGUAUCAAUGGGAAAAAUGCUGUUAAAAAACUGAAGAACAGUUUGCCACUUAGGAAGGAGCUGGAUCGUCUGAAGAAUGAGCUGUCUGAGCUUCUGCAACUUUCAGAUAUCAGGUGGCAGAGGGGCUGGGGAGUCGCUCACCGCUGCAGCCAGCUGCAUAGUCUGAGCCGCCUAGCACAGCAGAAUUUGGAGCCACUUCAGAAUGCAAAAGGGUGUACCAUCGUGUUCACAGACCGCUCUGGCAUGAGUGCACUGGGCCAUGUGAUGCUGGGAACCAUGGAUGUCCACCAUCACUGGACGAGGGGUUUCUAUGUAUGGUCCUGGCUGCCUUGGUACUUACUCUGUAGACCAGGCUGGCCUCAAACUUACAGAGAUCUGCCUACCUCUGCCUUUCGAGUGCUGGGAUUAAAGCUUUUUGAAAGCUUGCCGAGCUAUUUUGACCUUCAGAGGAGAAUGUCGGCCUUAGAGGACCAGAUAAGCAGUCUUCUGGGAGGAAUCCAGGUGGUUUACAUUGAAGAGCUGCAGCCAGCGCUCACCCUUGAUGAGUACUACUGUCUCCUCGACAUUUUCUGCACUCAGCUGCUGAGAAGUAGGGUGCCUCCGCCCCCUCACAGCCUCAGGGGCUUGCAGAUGGUCCUCAGCAGCGACAGGUAUGCGCCAAGCUUGCAUGAACUCGGGCAUUUUAAUAUCCCAGCUCUGUCGGAUCCAGCAAGCCUGCAGUCAUUUAUGAGAGCCAAAGCCCAGCAGGCAAGAGAAAACAUGACAAGAAGGGAGACGUUAAAAGUUAUUGAAAAUGAAUUGAUACAGGCUUCAACAAAGAAGUUUUCUCUGGAGAAGUUAUAUAAAGAGCCCAGCAUUUCUAGCAGACAGAUGGUGGACUGCUGCAAGAGACUUCUGGAGCAGUCGCUGCCUUACCUCCACGGGAUGCACCUCUGUGUGUCACACUUCUACUCUGUCAUGCAAGACGGGGACCUGUGCAUCCCGUGGAACUGGAAGAGAGAGGUUACGAAGUAGCAGGUAUCUUGUCUCGUUCUCUAAGGAGAAGGAGAACUUGAAUUUAUCUAAACUCAGUUUCAGAUACCGUUAGUAUUUACAUGUUAGAACAAAGUUUCUAAUGCUGCUAUAAAAGUGAGGUGGGGUUUUCUUUUUAGUGAUUUUAUGCCAAGAAACUUGUUUUGAAAGGUUUACUCUCCCUAGUCUUACGAUGCUGAUUGCGAUGCUGGAAGGAAAAAAGAAUAUUUUAAAGCUAUGUAAUAGAGGGUUCUGUAAGUUAUAUAUUUUUAUAUGAGUGAAUGUGUGUAUAUACAUUGGCUUCAUUCAGUAUAGCACUUUAGGACUAGCACUCACUUCUUACAUGCAACAUAGUUCAACAUGCAUCUUGAUAGUUAUUGCUUAGACACUUACACCUUAUAGCCACUGGUGGGAAGUUGCUCAGAACAGAUGAUUGCCAGUAGCAAAAAUUAAGUAGCCAAAUUUUGCCUAUGAGAAAGAUUUUAAACCCCACUAAAUACAUGUCAACACUGUCUGAUACUAGGUUAUUGGAACAUAAGUGGCAGAGAACUUAACCAUGAUUUCUUCUGCCAGUUAAAAUAUCGGUAGAACAUGUGCUCAGCAGGCACCAAGAGUAAGAAUCAAUGUUGUAAGUUAGCCCAAAGCUCCUUAGGAGCUUCCGUCAUUCCUCAGAUCUGGCCAGGAAGAGCCUUGUGCUGUGGCUCAUGCUCAGAAGCGCAGCCCUGCUUUCUGUGGUCUCUGCUAUCUCCUGCACAGUGGGAGGCCUGUUCUGUACUCAGACCAUGCCCAAGCUUCAUGGCACUUUUCUUCUGAGGAAGUCCAGGUGAGUUCUUCCCACGGUGCAUUAGAACAAAGGAGACACUAAAAAGCAGUUUUUCCUGUUUUGGGUUUAUAAAAUAGCACUCUUUAAACAGUGCAAACUGUGGUCAGAUGAGAGCUGGUUUAGGGGCUGUUUGUGCCAGUGCUGCUUUUGACCCAUGCGGCAGAGGUGGCCGUAAAUACUUUCUGUAAAAGAACCCUCAAGCAGGGUGUGGUGGUGCAGGCCUGUGAUCCCGCCAUUUGGGAGCCAGAGCCAGGUGGAUCUCUGUGAGUUCCAGGCCAGCCUGGUCUACAAAGUGAGUUCCAGGCCAGCCUGGUCUACACAGAGGAAGGGGAGGGGAAAUUUGUAAACAUGCUAGUUUAUUGGAAAUUUGUUUGGAUUGUGCCAUUUCUAACAUCACCUGGCACAGACUCUCCUGUUGUGUGUGUUGAAUGGAUUUUUCUCAAAACUAGUAAUAAACAAUACCUUGUCGACCACA